GUGAAGUUCUAGCUAAUAUUGGCUACCAUCUGUCAAUCUGAAACAACAUCUAUGCAGUCACUAACAAGGAUAAGGUUGAAUACAUCAGACUUUUCAAACCCCGCCUAGGUGGGAGCCACUUAAUAACAUUGGGAUACUGAGAUGUGUGCCCAUCCAUAUGUUGGAUGUCUUUAGUGCAACUGAAGCUAGGACAAAACUCAUUACUGCCAACUCUUUUGCAGCCAAGCUUGUUCUAUAUAACACCUCUUCUUACUCACAUUUUCUAUCUGCUCAUUUACUCAUCACAACAAGAAUCAGCAUCUUCUCACCUUUAGUGCUUCUUAAGCUUAACAACUGCGAUACGAUGGUUUUAGCAGGCGAGUAUGUCGAUAAACGUGAAGGAAAUAGUGAAAUAGUAGUGGACUACCGCGGUAAUCCAGUGGACAAAUCUCGUACUGGUGGAUGGCUUGCUGCAGGACUCAUUUUAGGGACUGAAUUUGCUGAGCGAGUAUGUGUGAUGGGGAUAUCGAUGAAUUUAGUGACUUACUUGAUUGGAUACAUGCACCUUUCGUCAUCAAAAUCUGCUACCAUUGUUACCAACUUCAUGGGUACUCUGAAUCUAUUAGGCUUGUUCGGAGGAUUCGUUGCUGAUGCUAAGCUAGGCCGGUAUCUCACUGUCGCUAUCUUUGCAUCCGUUGCAGCUAUGGGAGUAGCACUCUUGACAUUGGCAACAUCACUUCCAAGUAUGAGGCCACCACCCUGCACCAACUUCAGGGCACAAGAAAACAACUGUAUACAAGCCAACGGCAAGCAAUUAGCCAUGCUCUAUGCUGCUCUCUAUACACUUGCUCUCGGAGGAGGGGGUAUCAAAUCCAACGUAUCAGGGUUCGGGUCAGAUCAGUUUGAUCCAUCUGACCCGAAAGAAGAAAAGGCCAUGAUCUUUUUCUUCAAUAGAUUCUACUUUUGCAUCAGUAUUGGCUCGCUGUUAGCUGUCACAGUACUUGUUUAUGUUCAAGAUCAUGUUGGAAGAGGUUGGGGCUAUGGCAUAUCAGCAGCAACAAUGAUGAUUGGGGUGUUUGUUUUGCUAGCCGGUACGCGUUUUUAUAGGUACAAAUCACCUCAAGGAAGCCCUUUAACUAUAGUUUGGAGGGUACUUUUCUUGGCCUUUAAGAAGAGAAAUCUUCUUCAUCCUACUCAACCAAACAUGCUUAAUGGAUUUCAUACAUCCAAGAUUCCUUACACACCUAUUUUUAGAUGCCUUGACAAAGCAGCCAUCAUAGACGAUUUUGCAGCAAAGGACGAAAACAGGUAUAAUCCAUGGAUAGUUUCAACACUAACAGAAGUUGAAGAGGUGAAAAUGGUGCUAAAAUUGUUCCCUAUAUGGUCAACCUGUAUCAUGUUUUGGACAGUCUAUUCUCAGAUGACUACAUUCACCAUAGAACAAGCUGAAUUCAUGGACCGAAAAAUAGGAUCCUUUGUCAUUCCUGCAGGCUCUUUUUCGGUUUUCCUCUUCAUCUCGAUCCUGUUGUGCACGUCAUUAAAUGAAAGGCUAUUUGUUCCGAUUGCUAGGAGACUAACUCACAAUGUUCAAGGCCUAACUAGCCUUCAAAGGGUGGGAGUCGGUCUUGUGUCUGCUAUGUUGGCUAUGAUUGCUGCUGCCAUUGUCGAGAAGCAAAGGCGAGACAAAGCACUUGACGGAGUGAAACUCAGUGCGUUCUGGCUUGUUCCUCAGUACUUCUUUGUUGGUGCAGGCGAAGGGUUUGCUUACGUUGGCCAGCUCGAGUUCUUCAUUCGAGAGGCUCCUGAAAAGAUGAAGUCUAUGAGCACCGGUUUUUUCUUGAGCACACUAGCAAUGGGGUUCUUUGUAAGCAGCUUGUUAGUUUCAAUAGUGGAUGAAACAACACAUGAUAAGUGGUUGAUGAGCAAUUUGAACAAGGGGAGAUUGGAUGAUUUCUAUUGGCUACUUGCAGGGUUGGUGGCAUUAAACUUCCUCAUAUUUCUUUUAUUUGCUAAGAAGCAUCAGUACAAGGUGCAACAUUAUGUAGAAGAGUUGGCUAAUGAGGAGAAGGAACUUCAAAGUUGGGAGAAAGGAAAUGGUGUUGCCUAGUUGAAUGAUGCAUGAAAAAGAGGUACAUGCACAAGCUAGAAGUGAAGAAUUAUCCUAUCUAGUCAAUCACGAGGACUAGAGGAGAUCGGGGCUCAAAGCUCUAGCUCUGAGCUCCGAUCUAUAUUGCCUACUUCGCCUUUAAGUAUAACGAUUUAGAGGCUUAAUUGUUGGGUGUGUGGUUUUGGUAGAGGUAGUAUACAUGCAUGUCUUAGCAACAUAAGAUUGUUGUUUUUCAAGUUUGUAAAUCCUAAUUUCCUAUUUCUUAAGAAAAUGAAUAUAGCAAAUGUUUAAAUCUUGUUA